GGAAGUGUUUUGCAAUCACCUUCUUGAGAGAGUCACAGCAAUUAACAGCACUGGUUUUGAGGAACUAACGGUGAAAGCAGCAUGCUGGCAACCGGGAUGAGCACAGCGAGCUGCCAACAGCCAAAGGCCAGCGCUCGGGGCGAGCGGUGAGCAGCGGCCGGACACAGGGGGCACGGAGGUGAUGCCCAAGCCACGGUGGAGGCCAUGGCCAGGCACGGUGCCAGGACACCCUUCCUGCUGCAGCUCUCCCUGCUCCUGCUCCUGCGCCCGGGUGGGACCCUGGGCUGUGCCUCAGUGGCCGUGGCCUCACCCAUUGUGGCCCUGGGCUCGGCCGUCAGGGCAUCCUGCACCGUCCGGAGCGAGCUGUGCCGCGGCUUGGAGCAGGGGAAGGUCCGGAUCACCUGGAUGCUGGACAACGAGCCCAUGGCCGGGAGCCAGCACCGGGGCGCGGGGGGCUCAGAGGUGUCCAACCUCACCCUGCCCCAGUUCAACCGCACGCAGGCCAGGCUGUGGUGCUGGGUGGAGUGGAACGGGACCAAGCAGCGCGUCGGCAUGGCUGAGAUCAGGGCGGGCUACCCUCCUGCGAAGCCCUUCAACCUCAGCUGCGUCCUGAACCUCAGCGACUACGGGCUGACAUGCCAGUGGGAGCCGGGAGCUGACAGCCACCUCCCCACCAGUGUCACGCUGAAGUUUGCCAGGAGCAGAGCCCUGGCAGAGACGGGCUGCACCCCACAAGGCGGGUACAACCGCUGCACGGUGCCGCGCCGGCUGCUCCAGCUCUACCGGCAAAUGGAGCUCUGGGUGUCGGCCACCAACGCGCUGGGCACGGCCGAGUCCGAGCAUCUCUGCAUCGACCCCAUGGAUGUGGCCCUGUGCGCGGCCGUGGCCCCUGCACUGCGGCACCUCUCCAGCUCUCCCCUGGAUCUUCCUCCAGCCGAGCUGGACCCCCCGGCCCUGCAGAGCAUCCAGUCCGUCCCCUUCCAGAGCGACUGUGUCACCGUGGCCUGGGAGGUGGCCCGCAGCCACGCGCACAUGGAGCUGCUGUGCGAGCUGCGCUACCGGGCGCCCGAGGACGCUGCCUGGGCUCUGGUCACCGGCAUCCCCGGCCAGGCCCGCACCGCGCAGCACUGUGGCUUCCUCUUCGGCACGCCGUACUGCUUCCAGAUGCGCUGCCGGCGGAGCUCGGCACAGGGCUACUGGAGUGACUGGAGCCCGGGCAGGAACUACACCACCCAUGAGAAAGCCCCCACAGGGACGCUGGAUGUGUGGUGGAGCACUCGGCCAGCCGGGGCGGGCGGGCAGCUGGAGGUGCAGCUGCGCUGGAAGGCCCCCGGGCGGAGGGAGGCAAACGGGCAAGUGCUGGGGUACCGCGUCACCCUGAGCCCCAGGAGGAGGGGCAGGGACCCCCCCACCGUCUGCAACACCACCCGGACCCAGUGCAACUUCUCAGCGCCGGCGGGGACCACGAGGGUCUAUCUCUCAGCCUACAACGCCGCCGGCGAGUCGGCAGCCACCGAGGUCGUGCUGCUGGAGAGGAAAGGUCAGCCCCUGGCUGGGCUCCAUGCUGUGCCGGGGGGUGAGCGCAGCCUCUGGGUGCGCUGGGAGUCCCCCCCGGCCCCACCAGCCGCCUACGUCCUGGAGUGGCAGCGGGUGCCCGUGGAGCCCGGCGCCUGCAGCACCUGCUGGAAGAUGGAGCGUGACGGGGCCACCACCGCAGCCCUCAUCCAUGAUGGUAUUGAGCCUUUCCAGCGGUACAACAUCUCAGUGUACCCCCUCUACUCAGAUGCCAUUGGGGUGCCUGUCCACACCACAGCCUACUCCAAGCAGAAGGCCCCGUCCUUCGCCCCAAAGCUCCACCUGAAGAGCAUCAGCAAGUCUGACGCCGAGCUGUGCUGGGAGCUGCUGCCGGUGGAGAUGCAGAACGGCUUUAUCACUGGCUACACCAUCUUCUGGGCCAACAGCACCGCAGAGGUGUCCAGUGCCGCCGUGGGUCCCUCUCUCAGCUCCUUUGUCAUCCAGGAGCUGAAGCCCUCGACCCUGUACAAAGUGCACAUCAUGGCAUCCACGGCUGCUGGCAGCACCAACGGCACCAGCCUGACCCUGGUGACCAUGGCACUAGACGACGUUGAAAUCCAGUUCCUCUUCCUGACCCUGGGGCUGGUCUUUGUCCUGCUCAUACUUCUGCUCAUCUGCUUCCAGAAGAACGGGCGGGUGAAGCAGCAGUUCUGGCCCAGCGUCCCCGACCCCGCCAACAGCAGCCUGGGCAAGUGGGUGCCAGCAGAGCUCCCGCAGGAGCCUCUGCAGGUCCCCGGCGUGAGAGAGCCCAGCCUGGCCACCAUUUCUACCGUCACUGUGCUUGAAAGGGCAGCGGGCAAGCAGCCGCCCAGCCGGAGCAAGGAGCCCACCGCCGAGCCCACCGGCACCUUCCCCAUGCCGCCCCAGCCCUACGUGCGGCAGGAGCGUCCUGGCACUGCCUGGGCUGCGGUGGAGCCGCAGCGGGGCCGCGGCGGGAGCGGGGAGCCCGUGCAGUACGCGCGGGUGGUGGGCGCGGGGUACAAGGGGCAGCAGCAUGUCCCCCCGCGCCUCUACCUGCGCUGCGGCUCCAGCUCCAGCCAGCCCCUGCUCAGCGACCCCAGCCCCAGCCCCCAGCCCUACGAGAACCUCUGGUUCCACGGGGCUGCUCCCCAGGGCUGCCCGGGAGACGGGGGGUGCGCCGAGGAGCUCCCCGCCACCUUCCCGCUGCUGCAGGGCCUCCGCAUCGGCGGGGCCGAGGAGCUCCAGGACUGCCGGGUGUUUUAGUGCCGCGGGGUCCGGGCAGCGCUAACAGACCCAGCCCCUCCCUCCGCCGGUGCUGUGUGCUCCUUUUCCCCCCAGCAAUAAACAGGGACGCGCUGAGAA